AACGCCUGGUUCCUCUCGGGUCCUUCCGGCGUUGCCGGAGUGAAUUGAUCUGGGAGUUGGAGAGGGCUCCAAAGGUGGGAAGUGAAGUCAGUGCCUCAGUUGCCGGUGAAGGCAAACUGAUCUUGGCUAUCGGCUGAGAUUGGAAUAGAGAAGAAAGCAUUUGCAAGGUCCAAUACAUAAUGGUAAGUUCCCAGCUGAGUCGUCAGCUGAUCCAUCAAGUUGUGAACUGAAGGCACGGCUGCUUGCAAAGGAGGCACUACUUUGCUCUUGAUAGUCUACAGUCAUUCUACAGGUCAGUGUAUGUUUUGUGCCCUAUUUUAUCACACACAAAAAAGAGAAGAAAUACUGCAGUGAAUGAAGAGUCCUCUGCAUUUUAGCGCUGCUUUUUCUGCUGUAGUUGGCUUUUGAAUGAGGAUGACAAUGGAAGAGAUGAAGAAUGAAGCUGAGACCACUUCCAUGGUUUCUAUGCCCCUCUAUGCAGUCAUGUAUCCUGUGUUUAAUGAGCUAGAACGAGUAAAUUUGUCUGCAGCUCAGACACUGAGAGCCGCUUUCAUUAAGGCUGAAAAAGAAAAUCCGGGUCUUACACAAGAUAUCAUUAUGAAAAUUUUAGAGAAAAAAAGUGUAGAAGUUAACUUCACAGAAUCCCUUCUUCGUAUGGCAGCUGAUGAUGUAGAAGAGUAUAUGAUUGAACGACCAGAGCCAGAAUUUCAGGACCUAAAUGAAAAGGCACGAGCACUUAAACAAAUUCUCAGUAAGAUCCCAGAUGAGAUCAAUGAUAGAGUGAGGUUUCUGCAGACAAUCAAGGAUAUAGCUAGUGCAAUAAAAGAACUUCUUGAUACAGUGAAUAAUGUCUUUAAGAAAUAUCAAUACCAGAACCGCAGGGCACUUGAACAUCAAAAGAAAGAAUUUGUAAAGUACUCCAAAAGUUUCAGUGAUACCCUGAAAACAUAUUUUAAAGAUGGCAAGGCAAUAAAUGUGUUCAUAAGUGCCAACCGACUAAUUCAUCAAACCAACUUGAUACUUCAGACCUUCAAAACUGUGGCCUGAAAGUUGUAUAUGUUAAAAGAUGUACUUCUCAGUGGCAGUACUGAACUGCCUUUAUCUGUAAAUUUUAAAGUUUGACUGUAUAAAUUAUCAGUCCCUCCUGAAGGGAUCUAAUCCAGGAUGUUGAAUGGGAUUAUUGCCAUCUUACACCAUAUUUUUGUAAAAUGUAGCUUAAUCAUAAUCUCACACUGAAGAUUUUGCAUCACUUUUGCUAUUAUCAUUCUUUUAAGAAUUAUAAGCCAAAAGAAUUUACGCCUUAAUGUGUCAUUAUAUAACAUUCCUUAAAAGAAUUGUAAAUAUUGGUGUUUGUUUCUGACAUUUUAACUUGAAAGCGAUAUGCUGCAAGAUAAUGUAUUUAACAAUAUUU